AUGGGCACCGAGGGACUCCUGUCUCCUCAGAUGCUGUGGCUGCUCCUCUGGGUACAGCUGUGCAGGGGUGCUCGGGAGGUGAGGCUGGCGGAUGGCGGCAGGCACUGUGCUGGGAGAGUGGAGGUGAAACACAAUGGCAAGUGGGGGACGGUGUGUGGUGACUACUGGAGCAUGAAAGACGCAGUGGUGGUUUGUAAGCAGCUGGGCUGUGGGUCUGCUGUUGGAGCUCCUCAGUAUGGACACUUUGGGGCAGGAUCUGGCCCCAUUUGGAUGGAUGCUGUUGACUGUAAAGGCACCGAGUCUGCCCUGUCUGACUGCAAACACAGAGGAUGGGGUAAACAUUACUGCAUUCACGCUUAUGAUGCUGGCGUGAUGUGUUCAGGAUUUGUCAGGCUGGUGGAAGGGAAGAGCCGCUGCUCAGGACGUGUGGAGAUCCAUGAUGGGGACCAGUGGAAAACUGUCUGUGAUUCACAUUUCAGUCCCAACGCUGCUCAUGUGGUCUGCAGGGAUUUGCAGUGCGGCGUGGCCCUGCCUGUCACUGGGCCAGCUCACUUUGGAGAAGGGGUCAGUCCCAUCUGGGAUGGAGAGCUGCAGUGUGUGGGGAAUGAAUCCCGCCUCAUCUCCUGCCGCAGAGGGUCCUCCAGGGACCAGCCCUGCACCCACGCGAACAGCGCUGUUGUCACCUGCACACAAUACACAGGAUUCAGGCUGGUGAAUGGCAGCACAGCAUGUGCAGGGAGGGUAGAGGUCCAGGUGUUGGGGACCUGGGGGACCCUCUGUGCCUCCCACUGGGAUCUCUCGGAUGCCCACGUUCUCUGUCGUCAACUCAACUGUGGGUUUGCUGAGUCCAUUCCUGGAGGAGAGCAUUUUGGGAGAGGGACUGGCCCUGUCUGGAGAGACUCAUUCCACUGUGACGGGACAGAAGCCCAUCUGAGACAGUGCCCAGUGACCACCCUGGGGGCCUCACCAUGCUCCCACGGGAACAACGCUGCUGUCGUUUGUGCAGGCUCAGCCAGCUUUGCAUCCCUGCGGCUGGUGGGUGGAGGGAGCCGGUGCGACGGACGAGUGGAGAUCUUCCAGCAUGGGACGUGGGGCAGAGUCCUGGAUGACCAGUGGGACGUGCAGGAGGCCAGCGUGGUGUGCCGGCAGCUGCGGUGCGGAGAGGCAGGGACAGCCUACAACCCCCCAAAGCCUGACCGAGGGACGGGUCCCGUGGGGCUGCGAGGGGUCCGGUGCGCAGGGCACGAGGCCAACCUGGCCCUCUGCAACACCUCCCUGCCUGAGAGUGCACCGGUGGCAGGGGUUGCGGAGGACGUGGGAGUCAUUUGCUGGGGGAGCCGGAGGGUCCGGCUGGUGAACGGGUCCGGGCGCUGUGCUGGGAGAGUGGAGAUCUACUACCAGGGCAUCUGGGGGACUGUCUGUGACGAUGGCUGGGACCUGUCUGAUGCCGCCGUCGUUUGCCACCAGCUGGGCUGUGGAGGGGCAGUGGAGGCAGCCGGCUCCGCUCGGUUCGGGGAAGGCUCCGGGCAGAUCUGGCUGGAUGGCGUGAACUGCUCUGGGGCCGAAGCUGCUCUCUGGGACUGCCCUGCCAGGCCCUGGGGGCAGCACGACUGCGGGCACAAAGAGGAUGCGGGAGUCAUCUGCUCAGAGUUCAUGGCCCUGAGGCUGGAGAACAGUGAUGGCUGCUCUGGGCGCCUGCAGGUUUUCUACAACGGGACAUGGGGCAGCAUUUGCUCCAACUCGAUGACUCUCGACACGGUGUCACUGGCAUGCAAGGAGCUGGGCUGCGGCGAUGGAGGAUCCCUGGAAACACAGCUGCCUUAUGGAAGGGUGUCUGGCCCUACGUGGCUGGAUAACGUGCAGUGUGGGGAGAAAACCAGCUCCUUCUGGCAGUGUCCCUCUGCUCCCUGGAACCCACAGUCAUGUGAAGACCCACGAGAGGAGACCCACAUCACCUGCAAUGAAAUGCCCUUGAUCCCGCUGGCCCCAUGCCCCAACUCCACGAGGUGCACAGACAGGGAGAAGAUUCGUGCCGUGGGAGGUGAGGACAGGUGCUCGGGCAGAGUGGAGGUCUGGCACCGUGGCUCUUGGGGGACAGUGUGCGACGACUCCUGGGACAUGCGGGAUGCUGAGGUGGUGUGCAAGCAGCUGGGCUGUGGCCCUGCAGUGUCUGCCCUGCAUGAGGCUGCGUUUGGGAUGGGGAUGGGCCCCAUCUGGCUGGAGCAGGUGGAGUGCCGUGGGACAGAGCUGUCUCUGCAGGACUGCUGGGCACAGCCUGGGGAUGGCGGUGCUUGCCGGCAUAAGGAAGAUGCUGCUGUGAACUGCUCAGCUACACCCAGGACAGCAGCAUCCCCACCCCAAGCAGAUUCCCCCCGGGGCCGUCUGAGUGGCAGCGGGAGAGUCUCAGUGCCCAUCAUCAUCUGCAUCAUCCUGGGGGCCCUUCUCUGCCUGCUCCUGGCCCUCCUGGCUGGGCAAGUGCUAAGCACCAGGGCUGGGCGCAGAGGCUCCAGGAGUGCUCAGGAGCCCUUCCCUGAGGCUGUGUACGAGGAGAUUGGUUACAGCCCAGUGUGGGAGAAGCAGGCGAGGUUUGGUCACUCAGAUGUUCCUGUCCCACCUGGAGGUGACCCAGAAGAGGGUUAUGAUGAUGCCAGGGAGGUUUCUGAUCCAGAGGAGGAUGCUGCCCUUGGGCAGGGAGAGAGGGAAAUGCCCAGGGAGCCAGAGGAGGGAGCAGAGCCCAGGGAUGCACCCAGAGGGCCCAGCCUGCCCUCCUGGAGAAGUGUUGGGGUUCCUGGAGCUGAAGGAGACACGUGGCCCCUGUCCCUGGGGAGCAUGGGCUAUGAUGAUGCUGAAGAGGUGUCUCUGGCACAUCCCCCUGAGGACACAAUGGCUGUGACAUGGGAGCUCUGUGCACAACAGUCCCAGAGCCCCAGGCCGUGAGAGCCUAUCCCUGCUGUGCAGCUGGGUGCAGCCAGGAGGGAGAAGAGGUCUGUGGAGCUGGGAGAGCCGUGA